UUCAUUUUCGCCGCAGUUUCGAUUUCUGUUGAGGAAGCGAAGGACCUGGCAAAGAUUCAAGGAUGUCGGAGAAAAAGCUACGAAUGAUCACCUACCUGUCCCCAGGUUUGCCUGUUGAGUUGUUUGAGACAAUAAUGCAAUACCUGGAAGAAGUCACAGAAAAGGAAGCCUACCUGAUUUACGAGUCCAGGUGGGCUGGACCACCAAGGGACCGGACUGACCCCUUCACAGCUGAUGAAGUGGAUAUAGGCUUUAUGAGAAGUGAAACAUUUCUACCGCUGCAGCAGAGGAAGAACUCGCAUGUGGAGUUGUGUGGGGCGGCCCCAUUACAUGUACACCCCAGUAGUCAGUCUAACCCAGUCUACUUCUCCGACCUCAUCAUCAACACCUCAGACAUUGCGGAGUUUAAAGAGGUCCAUAAUUUACAGGGACGCAGCUUUGCCUACGAAGAGGAAGACUCCCUAAGUGGUUGCUUGGUGGUGCUACAAGGACUUAAAAAGAUGGGAUACAAUUCCACAUUCUUCGGAAAUGUCCUUAAAUCAGGCUCUCACCUGAAGUCUAUACAGAUGGUGUUGAACAAGACAGCUGCGUCAGCCGCCGUAGACUCAACCGUCCUAUACAACUACCUCCAACAGAACCCCAAGUAUAAGGAAAACAUCACCAUACUCAAGUCAUUUGGGCCCCUCCCAAUCUACCCAGUUGUCUUCAAUUCCCGUCUUCCAGAUGAUCUCAAAGGAAAAAUAAGCCAAGCUCUGCUGGACAUGACCAAUAAAAAGGAUUGGCUUACCAGGCUGGAGGCUUUUGGAGUGGAGGGGUUCAAACAAGUGGACAUGUCCUCCUAUCUCAAAGAGAAGGAGCUCCUUGAUGCCGUCAAAAAGCUCAGUGUAACUGCAGCAUACUACUAGAAUAUCAACAUCAACAGCCUAUCGCUAGGGAAUUACUGGGUACAUAGGAUAAUGUUUUAAACCUGUUAAAUGUCUUGUGCUCUUGGAUAUCUGGGAAAAUUGGAAUUAAUUACCGAGGACUUUUCAAAAUUCUUUAUAAAAAUACUCAUAAUUGACUUUUUCCCCUAUGUAAUACAGUAAAUUAAUGUAUUUGAGUUAAAGUAAACUGAUGCUCUGCUCAUGUUUAAGUAAUUGUGUCAAUAAUAAUACUGUAGAUAUGAAAAAAACCCAUUUCAGGUCCAUCAUUGCCAAGUGGUAUAUGUAUCACCAAAGUCAGGUUUGGGGCCUCCACUUCGCCAUAUUGCUUAAUUGAAAUCGUGAAUGUUAAUUAAUCCUGGGAUUGAGGUGAAAAAGACUUAUGAGAGUCAAAUAUGUAAUAUAUCUAUUACAUCUAAAUUAGAUACAUAGAUUUGAUAGAAGCCAUAAAUGUUAGUGUUUUAGAAAAUAAAAUUAAAAGGGCAAUGUCUUACGGCAAAUGGUGCAUUAUUAAGAUCAAAAUUAAUAUAUUUUUUGGAGAAGAAAAAAAGAAUACAAAUAUAUGUUUUGUAAACUCUAUUUAACUAUGAUAACUUCUUGUUGUUUCGAUUAUAUCUUCUAUGUAGCAUGGUUUACAGUUAAUUUUUCAAUACUUUAUUGUUGUUGUUUACGUUGUAUUUUGCAGAGCGAAAAGUUGAAAAUAUUAAAUAUGAUUUUUUCGAGCAAAUAUCCCCAAAAACUUGCCAAUGUAAAAUAGCAGUUAGUUUUACUUCAUGAAACUACACGAUUUCAGAGUCUUUUUGAUGAAUGUAAUAUUAUUGGAUCAUGUGUUGUCAAACAGUCGAUGGGACUAACAUGUAUUACCUGGUAACAUUAUAAAAUUGAAUGUUGUUAGCCAGUCUGUGGUACUAACAUGUAACACUAUUUGAUAUUUAGUGUUGUAGUUGAACAUAUAAUCAGAAGUUGUCAGCCAAUCAUGGCACCGAUGUUUAACAUUACUUGAGAUUUGAUAUUUAUGGGUUAAAUAUUUAAGAUAAAAUCAGAUAGUGUCGGUCAUUCUAUGAGACCGUUAUGUUACACUAUUUGAGAUUCAAUAACAUUUAUGGGGUUCAAGAUUAAGAUAAAAUCAGAUGUUGUUUGCCAGGCUAUGGGACCAUUAUGUAACAUUAUUUGAGAUUUAUUUAAUGUUUAUGGGUUUAAUGUUUAAUAUAAAAUCAGAUGUUGUCGGCCAGGCUAUGGGAACAUUAUGUAACAUUAUUUGAGAUUUAUUUAAUGGUUAUGGGGUUAAUGUUUAAUAUAAAAUUUGAUGUUGUCAGCCAGGCUAUGGGACCAUUAUGUAACAUUAUUUGAGAUUAAUGUAAUGUUUAUGGGUUUAAUGUUUAAUAUAAAAUCAGAUGUUGUCGGCCAGGCUAUGGGACCAUUAUGUAACAUUAUUUGAGAUUCAUUAAUGGUUAUGGGGUUCAAGAUUAAGAUAAAAUCAGAUGUUGUCAGCCAGGGUAUGGGACCAUUAUGUAACAUUAUUUGAGAUUUAAUUAACGUUUAUGGGGUAAGUGUUUAAUAUAAAAUCUGAUGUUGUCAGCCAGGCUAUGGGACCAAUGUUUAACAUUGUUAUUUAUCUGUCAUUAAAACUUACGCCUGUUAAUUCAAUAAGCCCACCCAUAUACUUUACAGUUCAAUAGGUAUUUCACAAAAUGCUAUUCCAUUGUCGUGUAAUAAACCCAUCCCCCUUCUUUUAAAUUCAGUCACAGAUUAUGUGUUGACACUUGUGGGCUUAUUGUAGAAUAAAUAUGCCGGUAUGUAAUUGUAUGUUAUCACCUAAACAUAUAUCAAUCUAUAUUUAACAUAUUAAUGGGUGUUGCCAGUUGGUCUAUUGGAAUGAGUGACAUCAGGCUAGGUGUGUGAGGCAUCAUCAGGAUAAAUAAUGGACGAGGUUCAUUAUUUCCACAAACAGCAGGAGAGGUUGUUAUCCAAGUGGUUGAAAUUGUGUAGAUAGUAGACAUUCUUCUUAGUGCUUUAAGACAAAAAUCAAAUCAGGGUCAGCUCGGUUAUAGUUUUAGAGUUUAUAUGGAACAAUUAAUCAGUUAAGUAGUUAGUCAGUAUCCAAGAAUCUCGAUAUGUUUUAAAGACCACACACACACACAUAUAUUUAUAUGUUAAUUAUAGUUAAGCAGAUCUAUAUUAUGUACAUGUAUAUUAUAUAAUAAACAAGAAUUUUAUAUCUAUUCUAUUUGUGUUGACAUGACAACUGUUGUAUACUUGUAGUGAUUCAGGGUCAAGGGAUGUCGUUGUUGACAUGACAACUGUUGUAUACUUGUAGUGGUUCAGGGUCAAGGGGUGUCAUUGUUGACAUGACAACUGUUGUAUACUUGUAGUGGUUCAGGGUCCAGGGGUGUCAUUGUUGACAUGACAACUGUUGUAUACUUGUAGUGAUUCAGGGUCAAGGGAUGUCGUUGUUGACAUGACAACUGUUGUAUACUUGUAGUGGUUCAGGGUCAAGGGAUGUCAUUGUUGACAUGACAACUGUUGUAUACUUGUAGUGAUUCAGUGUCAAGGGAUGUGUUGUUGACUUAACACUGAACAGUUGUAUAGUUGUCAUUUAAUUUUCAGGGAUAUCUUUGUUAACAUGACAACUGUUGUUGGUUACCUAUAUAUAUAUAUGUUUGUAGUCAUUUAAGAAAGAGUUACCACUGUUGUCAUGAUAUUAGUUGUACAUACAGUUGAAGUUGUUCAAGCUCAAGGAAUGUCAUUGUUGACAUGACAACAGUGGUAUAGUUGUCACUUAAUUUCAAUGGAUAUUUUUGUUAACAUGACGACAGGUGUUCAGUAUAUAGUUGUAUUCAUGUCAACAAAGUAAUAUCUUUGUAGACAUGACAACACUUGCAGUAAAGCUGUUAAAAUCUCUCUUAUUAAAACUCUCGUCUUUCAGAAUGGAAUCCAUUAUUUUUGUAACUGUGUUUUUGUAUCUUUCUCCAUUCCAGCCUUUCAAUCAGUAUAUUUGAUGACAAACUGAAUUCCCUAUAUUUGGAAUUGUAUGGUUAUAUAAGGUUCUCUAUUAAAAAUUAUAUGUUU